AUGUCAAGUUCAGACUCAACCACCACAAACACUCCUGGUGACAGCACCCCCAGCACGUCGACCCCAGACGUGAUAGAAGUUCCCCGCUCAGACCUUGUCACAGUCAAAGACACGGACUAUCACACGGACAAGUAUCUUAUCCUCUGCGGGAAAUGUGGCGGCGUCUUGAACGUCGCUAAAUACAGCUGCAUGUGCGAGCAUGGUUCUGAUGUUGCUCGCGCUGCUUGA